AUGCGAACCAAAACGCAGCGAGCGUACAAACGCUUGCUGCAUGAGUAUAGCCUUGGUUUUGGUUUUCGAACACCAUAUCAAAUUCUAGUGGAUGCUGCCUUUUGCAAAGAAGCAGCGAAACAAAAACUCGACGUAUUUGUUGAAUUCGAAAAGACAUUCCAAGAUCCUACUCGACAUUUCAUUACAGAAUGUAGUAUUCAAGAGUUACGAAGGCAGGGUCGAGAUUUUUUUGACGCACAACAAAUAGCAAAACAGUUUGAACGUCGACGUUGUCCACAUACACAUGCUCCUAUUGCAAGUGCAGAGUGUAUGGCACAGGUGGUAGGAUCCACGAAUGAGCACAACUAUGUCAUUGCGUCGCAAGACGAGUCACUGCGUGAAAAGUUACGCGCUAUUCCUGGGAUUCCAAUGGUUUAUGUCAAGGCACACAUGGUUAUCAUGGAACAAAUGUCUGCCGUAACGAAGAAAGAGUUGGAUAAGAAAGCGGCAGAGAAAAAGGGCAUGUCGGCACGAGAAAAAGAUCAAAUGGCAAAAUUACUGCAUACUCAUGAGGAGCAGCCAAAGAAGAAAAAGAAAGUAAAAGGGCCGAAUCCGCUUAGUGUGAAGAAGAAAAAG